UAGGGAAGUUUAGUGCUAACAGUAGAUGACGCUGUAACCCGUGUUGACUCGAAGUUCGGCCUUAAUUUGUCACCGAAGAAGAAGUACACGUGUUUCCUGUGUUUCUACGUUAUGCAGCAGAGGAAGGAGGCUGUCUUGUAAAUACAUUAUUAAAUAUAUAAGGCGUAAAAAUGGUUCGCAAAUUGAAGUACCAUGAACAGAAGCUCUUGAAGAAGGUAGACUUCAUUAAUUGGGAGGUAGACAACAACCUGCACGAGGUCAAAGUGUUGCGGAGGUAUCGCAUCGAAAAGAGGGAGGACUACACCAAGUACAACAAGCUGAGUCGCAAUAUCAGAGACUUGGCCCAGAAAAUCAGAGACCUGGAUGAGAAAGAUGGCUUCAGAGCUCAGAGCUCACAUCGCCUGCUGGAAAAACUGUACAGUAUCGGUCUCCUCCCCACCAAACAGAAUCUGUCCCUCACAGAGAAAGUCACAGCCUCUUCAUUCUGCAGGAGGAGGCUGCCCAGCAUCAUGCUUAACCUUCGUAUGGCUCAGAACCUGAAAACAGCCAUCACCUUCAUUGAGCAAGGACAUGUGCGUGUUGGCCCAGAGAUCAUCACAGAUCCAGCAUUUCUAGUCACAAGAAAUAUGGAAGAUUUUGUCACUUGGGUGGACUCCUCCAAGAUCAAGCAGCAUGUUAUGAACUACAAUGAUGAGAGGGACGACUUUGAUCUGCUGGCAUAAAUCUAUUGUCAGACAUUUGUCAAUCACCAUGGAGGACAGGAGAGGGACAAGAAAUCUGCUCCUACAACUUGAGUGAAUAACUGCCAGGAGUCAACAGUUUGAAUCUCUGAUAAACUUGGAAACUGUGGGAAGAAAAUAAGUGCUCUCAACACAACAGAAGGAGCGCACUUCCAGACUCGUUUGCUGAACAUGUCUCUAGAUGCCUAAAAAUCGGAUCUAAUUACAGAUCAUCCAAAAUAUCAGAAUUUGGAGGUCCAGUGAUUCAUUAGAGUCUGUAGUCAUCAUUAUAACCAUUUGGCUCUAUACUCUAAACCUGCUCAAGAGCACAGAGUCUCAGUUGUUUCCUCCUCAUUUUUCCAGCAGAGCCACUCCAGCAUUGGCCACAGCGUCACUGGUUGUACAGAGCAGCUUCUAGAGUCAUGUAGGUGUGACUGUUCCUUCUCCUGCAACACCAAGUUUUCUCUGCAUGUGUAUAAUAUUUGUGUGAACAUCAGCUGGCCUCCAGGGUUCAUAUGUACGGGAGCAUGGAAAUGCUGGUUCAUGUGUGUAUAUACCAUAGAUAGAAGAACUGUCAGUCUGUUCAAAUUAACAUACUUUUCAUAAAUACACCUGCAAAAUAGAAUUUUUUGAUAAAUAUUUAAUAUUUUUAAUAAGACUUUGUUACAAUGUAAACUUUGUGAACAAUAAACAUUCUUUUAUCACAGUAAUUAAGAAUUUUUACAAAACCUCUUUCUCCUUAAUGUUGAAACUCUUAAAGAAACCCCUGGACCAGUGUGUAAAUGCUAAUUUAUCAACACCCUGCUCUUAUUAUUCCAGUAAACAGGUACAUGAACUCAGCAUGAAGCAUUUGCUUUUAUAAUGUACAUAGAAAAGCCCCAUUACUGACCAGUGGCUCAGUUUAUACUGAAUACAUAAUGUAAGUCAAAGCUGGACAAAGUAGGAGACAGACUGUAUAUGACCUCUUAAAGGCACCCUGAUAUAUAACGGAAAUGUCAACAGGAUCAGUUUAAAUGCUGAGAAAAAAAGCUUCUCCCUUAUGUCAAAGUCUUUGAGAGUCUCAGAGCCACCAGAAACGCACAUAGAUGAGGAGUGUGAUGAAGAACACUGCCACAGCGGCCACCUUGGCAUACGUGGAGCGGGUGUUGAGAUAUUUGGCAUCGCUGCGGUACUUCUUCGACAUUGUGGACAGAUUGCUGGCUUUUGUAUCGAGAGCUGUAGGAAGGAAGUAUCGAGAUGAAUGGGACAUUUUCUUAGCACUAAAUGUGCAUUAAGUGUUGCAAAUAUUUAGGUCAGCAGGGACAGCUUACAAAACAAAUACAUCGAUCACAAAAGUUCCUGUGAAUAAAAUCAACACGUCUGACACACAAACAAAAGAUGUAUCUUUUCUCAAAGGCAGUAACAGCAAAAUGUGGUUGGCUACAUUAGAUCAUCAGAUGUUGUUCUUUAUUUUCUAUUACUGCUUACCUGAAAGAGCCUCUCCUCUCUGCAGAACUUCCUCGAUAUUUGCCACCAUGAUUCUCUGGACAUCCUGUAGCUCUGUG